AUGCCGUUUUCCAUACGGAGUAUUUUUACUGCGCUUGUUCUCCUGGGACCGACGGUUGGAAAGGCGGCCGAGUGCGAUUGUGCUGUCAAGACCCCCGAGAGUCGUCCCACGAGUCCUCCCACGAGCCCCCCAGCCGAAACACGGACAAUUGUCAUUAAAAACGUUUGCUCGUUUGAUCUAGACAUGGGUUUUACAGGAGGGUACGCCGGCCCCGCGCCCUGUGCCGGAAACCAGGAAGAAGAUGUAGAUGGCGGGAGGUGCUUCUGGACGCUUGAGUUGUCCGACUUUCUGAAAGCCGGGAAGGAAAUGUCCGUGGUAAUUGAGAAAAACAAUGAUACAGAAAACAAUGUGGUCUGGAGCGGUGCGAUGUAUGCCAUACAGUCACCUCACGCGGACGAAGCAUGUCCGGAUGGGUGUAGUGCAAGCGUUGGCGCUGCGGGAACGGUAACCCUCUCCGAAUUCACCAUGCUCGCGAGCCCAACACUGACGUUCUAUGACAUAUCGCACGUACACGGGGCGAACAUCCCCACAGUCUUCGGGCCACAUUCCUCGAAGGGAAAAGAUGCUCAUGAUCCGUACCGGAACGGGGUGGCGGGCGGCGAUUGCUCGUGGGCGUUCGAGCCCCCGGAAGAGUACCGAAAGUAUCUCAUUGAGGUCAAAAACGCUCACGGAACUUGCUUACAGGAUGACGAGUGCGACGUGGCUCAACGAGAGGUUUGUGGGGCAUCGCUCAAAGGUGACACCCCUGUGUAUGGUACGUGCGGCGAACUCUUUGGAUACCUGAACGCUCACACGAAUUGCAUCGCCGGAUCGCUAGGGUACCCCUUCUACUGCGAAGUUUACCACGAUUUAUACGGUUGUUCCGGUCAGUACUGCGAGUCUGGAUACAGCGAGAGUGUCAACGGUGGCGAAAACGUGUGUGGGUGUAGUCACUAUGAUGACAUGGGAAUACCAUCGAGCUUUCCAUGCGUCAACACCAACCCUCUGUGGGUGGACAAAGCAUACCAGUGGAUACACUACAUUAAGAGAGGGUGCACCAGUGCCUACGAAUACGCGUACUCCGACAGCACGUCUACCUUCACGUCGGAUCAGGACACGUUCGAACUCGUUUUCUGCCCGAGGGACAGCGAAGAGAGGUUUUA